GAUAAAGAUAUUCUUCGGGUGGCUCUAGAAUGCGAUCAUCCCAGCUAGUAGGAUUGGAGCAACAGCAACAAUUUUGGAUCCAGCAGCAGCAGCAGGAUCUCUCGAGUUUUGACUCUGCCGCGGCUGUUCGUCUCGUCCGGGAAUGUAACUCGAUUGCUAGAGGCAAACUUCUUCACUCCAAAAUCUCGAGUAGCCAGAGCUUGUCUCGCGAUGGGUAUUUGGCCUCGAGCCUCGUUUACAUGUAUCUCAGGUGUGGCAGCCUCGAGAGCGCGAUAGACGUCUUCCACAAGAUCGCCCACAAGAGCAUCGUGCUUUGGACGGUCCUGAUAUCCGCUUACGUGUCACGCGGCCAUUCGGCGGCCGCCAUAGCUCUGUUCCAUCGAAUCUUGCAAGAGGGCAUCGCGCUAGAUGCUAUUGUGUUUGUGUCGGUGCUUAGCGCGUGCUCGAGCGAGGAAUUCCUCGCGGCGGGACGAUUGAUCCAUCGCUGCGCGGUCGAGGCUGGAUUGGGACUCCAGGAGAUCGUUGCGAGCGCGCUGGUGAGCAUGUAUGGCCGGUGUGGGAGCCUGCGUGACGCAAAUGCCCUGUUUGGGCAUCUGGAGAGGCAUCUGGAUGUGGUGCUGUGGAACGCGAUGAUCACCGCGAAUUCGCAGAAUGGAUCGCCGAGAGAGGCGCUGGAGAUCUUCUAUCGGAUGCUCCAGCUCGGGAUCCCGCCAGAUCUCGUCACAUUUGUCUCGGUCUUCAAGGCGUGUUCUUCGUCGCCAUCACUUCGCGCUUCCCAGGUGAAGGGAUUCCACACCUGCCUCGAUGAAACAGGGCUUGGAUCUGACGUCGUCGUGGCUACUGCUCUGGUGAAUGCGUAUGCGCGCUGCGGAGAGAUCGAUUGUGCGAGGGAAUUCUUUGCGGCGAUGCCCGAGAGGAAUGCCGUGUCGUGGACAUCGAUGAUCGCAGCAUUUGCCCAGAUCGGGCAUCUGCUAGCCGUGGAGACGUUCCACGCGAUGCUGCUCGAGGGCGUGGUUCCAACGCGAUCCACUCUCUUCGCGGCGCUGGAAGGAUGCGAGGAUCUUCACACCGCGCGGCUCGUCGAGGCCAUCGCCCAAGAGAUCGGCGUCGCCACGGACGUAGCCAUCGUCACGGAUCUUGUGAUGGCCUACGCGAGAUGCGAUGGCCAAGAGGAUGCGAUCAGGGUCUUCUCGGCGCGCGAGGAGGGCGAAUGGGAUGCCGCGCUCGUCACUGCGAUGAUCGCAGUAUACGCGCAGUGCCGGGAUCGCCGAUCGACGUUCAAGCUCUGGGGCGCAGCCAUCGAGCGCGGGAUCUCGCCCGACAGGAUCCUCUACAUCACCGCGCUGGAUGCGUGCGCAAGCCUGGCGGCGCUGAGCGAGGGUAGGCAAAUCCACGCCUGCGUCGCCGCGGAUCGGCGCCUCGAUCGCGAUGUCACGCUCGGGAACGCGAUCGUGAGCAUGUAUGGGCAAUGCGGCAGCCUGCGCGACGCCAGGGACGCUUUCGAUGGAAUGCCCGCCAGGGACGAGAUCUCCUGGAACGCGAUGCUCUCCGCGAGCGCGCAGCACGGCCGCGUCGAGGAUUGCUGCGAUCUCUUCCGGGCGAUGUUACAGGAGGGAUUCGAUGCCGAGAGGGUCGCCUUCUUGAAUCUCCUCUCGGCGUGCGCCCACGCCGGGCUCGUGGAAGCCGGAUGCGAGCACUUCUCGGCGAUGACGGGGGACCAUGGCGUGGUUCCCGCGACCGAGCACUACGGAUGCAUGGUGGAUCUUCUGGGGCGGAAGGGCCGGCUCGCGGAUGCGCACGGAAUCGUCCAGGCGAUGCCUGUGCCGCCCGAUGCCGCCACGUGGAUGGCCCUGAUGGGCGCGUGCCGGAUCUACGGCGAUACCGAGCGCGGGAGAUUUGCCGCCGAGAGGGUCUUGGAGCUCAGGGCGAAUCACACCGCGGCCUAUGUCGCGCUUUGCAACAUCUACUCGGCGGCCGGGCGGUGGGAGGAUGCUGCGGCGGUGAGGAAGAUCAUGGCCGAUCUGGGGCUCCGGAAGAUCCCGGGCGUGAGCUCGAUCGAGAUCCGGAGCAAGGUGCACGAGUUCGUGGUGCGCGAUCGCUCGCACCCGCAGUCGGAGGCAAUCUACGCGGAGCUGGAGCGCGUCAUGGGCGCGAUCGAGCGCGCGGGGUACCGGGCGGUGACGGGCGAGGUGCUCCACGACGUGGAGGAGGAGCAGAAGGAGCAGCUCCUGCGAUUCCACAGCGAGAAGCUCGCCAUCGCGUUUGGGAUGAUGAGCACACCGCAGGGAUCCACGCUACGCGUGAUCAAGAACUUGCGGGUGUGCGUGGAUUGCCACAACGCCUCGAAAUUCAUCUCCAAGGUGUUUGGCAGGGAGAUCGUGGUGAGAGACGUGAGGAGGUUCCACCAUUUCAAGGAUGGGGCGUGCUCUUGCGGGGAUUACUGGUGAGGACGAUGGCCCUGGACCGUCCGAUGGGGCUAUUUGAAUAUCGGCCGUCCGAUUAGAUAUUUGAACUGGACCGUCUGAUGUGGCGCGUCGAAACUAGGCCGUGCGAUAAGAUGUACUGUUUUAUUUUUAAAAAAGAAAAAGAGAGCCA